UAGAAAAUUAUAAGUUAGCAGUGAGUGUUGUUGAAUACAAUAUAUAUUCUGUUCGCAGGUGUUCCCGUGGUGGUGUUCUCAUUCACCAUAGGCGGAAGUCAAAGGAAAUUCGCACCGGAACUAGAGAGGUGGGACACGAUGCCGCGGAACCGUAAGAACUUCCCUCGUCUUCUGACGCACGUCUUGCAGGCCGUGGCUGAUCUAAGGGAACCACAGGGUUCUACCGUCAGAAAGAUCCUCGAUCAGGUGCAGACAGCUAUCAACAUUUCGAACAUCAGGCCGAAACCGAGGAACGUUGUGAUGCAAGUGCGAAGAGCCAUAAAGCACGGCAUCGAUAAUGGAGUGCUAAAACAGCGAGCCGGCAAGAUUCAACUUACCUUGGGUUCGAUGGACAGUGGAGGAGGAGGUGUUAAGAAGACGAAAGCUAAUGCCAUCUCGAAGCCGAGCAGAAGGAGUCGCAGGUUGAACAACAGCCGCAAGAACAGAGUUCCGUUCUCAGAGGCGACGUCCGGAUACAGCUUCACCAGUUUAAGCGAUUACAGUUUGCCGAGGCUUAGGAAACGGAAUGCAGCGGGCAGGUUUGACAUCAGCGAGAAGAUCUUAGAAUCGCGCAGGAGACGCCGUCGGAAGGGCACGAGGAGGAGAGGCAAGUCACGACGAAGGGUGAGGAAAAGACGCAGGGACGUGACGCCGAUGCCAGAGCUCGUCGACGAGGACGUCGAGCACAGCGGUUCCGAGCAGCACGUCGAGCCGAGGUCUCGCCACCAAUUCGAUUACAAUCAGGAUAAAGUCGAGUCGAAUCAUUCGGAACAUGAGCAGCACGAGGAGAGACGCGACUGCAGCAAUCCCUGUCACGAAUGCGAUAAUCCCGAUUGCCUGUGCAACUUGAAGCAGGAACCGGAUGAUAUCGAAGAACCACCCUUCAACAGCGACUAUUUGUAA